GCGCACCGGCCGUGGUGGAGGCGCGGGCUGAGCGGCGCGGGCCGAGCUCAGGCAGAGGACGCGAGGCGGCGGUGGCGGUGAGGCGGCCUGAGGGCUCCGGCCGGCCUCAGGAGAGCUUGGCCGCGACCAUGUCGGCGGGCAGCCGCGACGAGGAGCGGCGGAAGCUGGCCGACAUCAUCCACCACUGGAACGCCAACCGGCUGGACCUGUUCGAGAUCAGCCAGCCGACCGAGGAUCUGGAGUUCCAUGGAGUGAUGAGAUUUUAUUUUCAAGAUAAAGCUGCUGGAAACUUUGCAACAAAAUGUAUCCGGGUCUCUAGUACUGCAACCACUCAGGAUGUGAUUGAGACCCUGGCAGAGAAAUUCCGCCCUGAUAUGCGCAUGCUGUCUUCACCCAAAUAUUCACUCUAUGAAGUUCACGUCAGUGGGGAAGAAAGAAGAUUGGACAUUGAUGAGAAACCUCUAGUUGUGCAGUUGAACUGGAACAAAGAUGAUCGGGAGGGCAGAUUUGUCCUCAAGAAUGAGAACGAUGCCAUUCCUGCCAAGAAGGCUCAAAGUAAUGGACCUGAAAAGCAGGAAAAAGAAGGUGUUAUUCAGAACUUUAAGAGAACUCUCUCAAAGAAAGAAAAAAAGGAAAAGAAAAAGAGAGAAAAAGAGGCCUUGAGACAGACAUCUGAGAAAGAGGACAGACCUUCCCAAGGUGAUGACAGUGAGAAUUCUCGACUAGCUGCUGAGGUUUACAAAGACAUGCCUGAAACCAGCUUUACUCGAACAAUUUCUAAUCCUGAGGUGGUUAUGAAACGACGGAGGCAGCAAAAACUGGAGAAGAGAAUGCAGGAGUUCCGGAGCUCAGAUGGGCGGCCUGAUUCAGGUGGAACUUUGAGAAUUUAUGCAGAUAGUUUAAAACCAAACAUUCCCUACAAGACAAUCCUGCUAUCUACUACAGAUACUGCAGACUUUGCUGUGGCUGAAGCCUUAGAGAAAUAUGGUCUGGAAAAAGAAAAUCCUAAGGAUUACUGCAUUGCUCGGGUUAUGCUUCCUCCUGGAGCCCAGCAUUCUGAUGAAAGAGGUGCUAAAGAAAUUAUUCUGGAUGAUGAUGAGUGUCCUUUACAAAUCUUUAGGGAAUGGCCAAGUGACAAAGGGAUUUUAGUCUUUCAGUUGAAGAGGAGGCCACUGGACUACAUCCCAAAGAAAACAAAGAAGCACAGUGAAGGAAAGCCACUGAAGGGCAAGGAGAGAGCUGAUGUGUCUGGCUACGGCUCUGCUCUUCCACCUGAGAAACUGCCCUAUUUAGUAGAAUUAAGCCCAGAUGGCUCUGACUCCAGAGACAAGCCAAAGCUUUACCGCCUUCAGUUGAGUGUUACUGAAGUUGGCACAGAAAAGUUUGAUGACAACUCUAUCCAGUUGUUUGGCCCAGGAAUUCAGCCCCAUCACUGUGACCUCACCAACAUGGACGGAGUGGUCACUGUGACGCCAAGAAGCAUGGAUGCAGAGACCUAUGUGGAUGGCCAGCGCAUCUCAGAAACAACCAUGCUGCAAAGUGGCAUGAAAGUACAGUUUGGGGCAUCUCAUGUGUUCAAGUUUGUGGACCCCAGCCAGGACCACAGCCUUGCAAAGAGAUCAGUGGAUGGAGGCUUGAUGGUCAAGGGCUCACGACACAAACCUGGAACUGUUCAGGAGACAACCUUUGACUUGGGAGGAGAUGUUCACAGUGGAACAGCAUUGCCAACAAGCAGGAGUACCACUAGACUGGACAGCGAUAGGGUGUCAUCUGCCUCUAGCACUGCUGAGCGAGGGAUGGUGAAGCCAAUGAUCCGUGUGGAUCAGCAGCAGGACUAUCGCAGGCAAGAAAGCAGAAUUCAGGAUGCUGCUGGGCCUGAGCUGAUACUACCUGCAAGCAUUGAAUUCAGGGAAAGUUCUGAAGAUUCAUUUUUAUCUGCCAUUAUCAAUUAUACAAAUAGCUCUACAGUUCACUUUAAGUUGUCCCCUACGUAUGUGUUGUACAUGGCAUGUCGGUAUGUAUUAUCCAGCCAGCACAGACCUGACCUCAGUCCUACAGAGCGCACACACAAGGUCAUUGCUGUCGUCAACAAGAUGGUGAGCAUGAUGGAAGGGGUCAUUCAGGAAGUAGACCAGGUUGAUCAGAAACAAAAGAAUAUUGCAGGGGCAUUGGCCUUCUGGAUGGCAAACGCAUCUGAACUUCUCAACUUCAUCAAGCAGGACCGAGACCUCAGUCGGAUCACAUUAGAUGCCCAAGAUGUCUUAGCUCAUUUAGUUCAGAUGGCAUUUAAAUACUUGGUUCAUUGUCUUCAAUCAGAACUUAAUAAUUACAUGCCAGCCUUUCUGGAUGACCCUGAGGAGAAUAGUCUGCAGAGACCAAAAAUAGAUGAUGUGCUGCACACACUCACGGGAGCCAUGUCUUUGCUUCGGCGCUGCAGAGUCAAUGCUGCUUUGACCAUCCAGCUUUUCUCACAGCUGUUCCACUUUAUCAAUAUGUGGCUGUUCAACAGAUUGGUGACUGACCCAGAUUCGGGGCUGUGUUCCCACUACUGGGGAGCAAUUAUCCGCCAGCAGUUGGGACAUAUUGAAGCUUGGGCAGAGAAGCAGGGGCUAGAGCUGGCGGCUGAUUGUCACCUGAGCAGAAUUGUACAGGCAACCACUUUGCUUACAAUGGAUAAGUAUGCACCUGAAGACAUUCCAAAUAUAAACAGCACCUGCUUUAAGUUAAACUCAUUGCAACUUCAAGCCUUAUUGCAGAAUUAUCACUGUGCACCUGAUGAGCCUUUUAUCCCAACAGAUCUUAUAGAAAAUGUAGUGGCUGUUGCUGAAAACACAGCUGAUGAGCUGGCCCGCAGUGAUGGGAGGGAUGUGCAGCUGGAGGAAGAUCCUGACCUGCAGCUGCCUUUUCUUUUGCCUGAAGAUGGCUAUUCUUGUGAUGUCGUCAGAAACAUUCCAAAUGGUUUACAAGAGUUUUUAGACCCUCUGUGCCAGAGAGGAUUUUGCAGAUUAAUUCCUCACACACGUUCACCAGGUACUUGGACGAUAUAUUUUGAAGGUGCAGAUUAUGAAAGUCACCUUAUGCGUGAGAACACAGAACUGGCCCAGCCUCUGAGGAAAGAACCUGAAAUCAUCACUGUGACCCUGAAAAAGCAGAAUGGAAUGGGCCUUAGCAUCGUUGCAGCAAAGGGUGCUGGCCAGGAUAAACUAGGAAUCUACGUCAAGUCUGUUGUGAAAGGAGGUGCUGCAGAUGUGGAUGGACGACUAGCUGCUGGUGAUCAGCUCCUCAGUGUGGAUGGACGAAGUCUGGUUGGACUUUCUCAGGAAAGGGCAGCAGAGCUCAUGACAAGAACGAGUUCUGUGGUCACCCUUGAAGUAGCAAAGCAAGGCGCUAUCUAUCACGGUUUGGCCACCCUCCUCAACCAGCCAUCGCCCAUGAUGCAGAGGGUUUCAGAUCGUCGUGGCUCAGGUAAACCCCGACCAAAGAGUGAAGGUUUUGAACUAUAUAAUAAUUCAGCUCAAAAUGGCUCACCAGAGAGUCCUCAGCUGCCUUGGGCAGAGUAUAGUGAACCAAAGAAAUUGCCCGGAGAUGACAGACUGAUGAAGAACCGGGCUGACCACCGUUCCAGCCCCAAUGUGGCAAAUCAACCUCCUAGCCCCGGAGGGAAAAGCACAUACACUUCUGGAACAACGGCGAAGAUAACGUCUGUCUCCACUGGGAACCUCUGCACUGAGGAGCAGACCCCUCCACCCAGACCUGAAGCCUACCCCAUCCCCACUCAGACAUAUACCAGAGAGUAUUUUACCUUCCCAGCUUCCAAAUCUCAGGAUCGGAUGGCUCCUCCCCAGAACCAGUGGCCAAAUUAUGAGGAUAAUCCACAUAUGCACACAGAUAGUAAUCAUUCCAGUAUUGCAAUUCAGCGUGUUACCCGUUCCCAAGAAGAGCUACGGGAAGACAAAGCUUACCAACUUGAGCGGCAUCGAAUGGAGCCAAUCAUGGAUCGAAAGUCUGAUAGUGAUAUGUGGAUAAAUCAGAGCUCCUCAGUAGAAUCUAGCACCUCUAGCCAAGAGCACCUGAACCAUUCCUCCAAAUCAGUUACCCCUGCUUCUACACUGACCAAAAGUGGCCCUGGCCGGUGGAAAACCCCUGCAGUGGUGCCACCCACACCAGUGGCUAUCUCCCAGCCUAUUCGAACAGAUCUGCCUCCACCACCACCUCCACCUCCUGUCCACUAUGCCAGUGAUUUUGAUGGGAUUUCCAUGGAUUUGCCUCUUCCACCCCCUCCUGCCAAUCAGGUGGGGCCCCAGUCUGCUCAGGUAGCUGCUGCAGAACGGAAGAAGAGAGAAGAGCAUCAGCGGUGGUAUGAGAAGGAGAAGGCCCGCCUGGAGGAGGAGCGGGAGAGGAAGCGCAGGGAGCAGGAGAGGAAGCUGGGGCAGAUGCGCACGCAGUCUCUGAACCCGGCCCCCUUUUCUCCCCUGGCUGCACAGCAGGCAAAGCCUGAAAAGCCUUCCACACUCCAGAGGCCCCAGGAAACGGUCAUUCGGGAGCUGCAGCCACAACAGCAGCCCCGCACUAUCGAGCGCAGAGAUCUGCAGUACAUCACAAUUAGCAAAGAGGAGCUCUCCUCUGGUGACAGCCUGUCUCCAGACCCAUGGAAACGGGACGCCAGGGAAAAGCUGGAGAAGCAGCAGCAGAUGCACAUCGUAGACAUGCUCAGCAAGGAGAUCCAUGACCUGCAGAGCAAGGCCGACCGCACCGCAGAGGAGAGCGACCGCCUCCGGAAGCUCAUGCUGGAGUGGCAGUUCCAGAAGAGACUCCAGGAGUCCAAACAGAAAGAUGAGGAUGACGAGGAGGAGGAGGACGAUGACGUGGAUACGAUGCUAAUAAUGCAGCGUCUCGAGGCCGAACGAAGAGCCAGGGUAAAGGGGAAAAAUGACUUGGUUGAUGAGGAGCGCAGGCGUCAACAACAGUUGGAAGAGAUGCGCAAGCGGGAAGCAGAAGAUAGAGCAAGACAAGAGGAAGAACGUCGGCGUCAGGAGGACGAGAGAGUGAAGCGAGAUGCUGAAGAAAAGAGGCGACAGGAAGAAGGGUAUUACAACCGCCUGGAAGCUGAGAGGCGCAGACAGCACGACGAGGUUGCACGCAGGUUGUUGGAGCCUGAGGAACCUGGGCUAUGCCGACCUCCACUUCCACGGGACUACGAGCCCCCAGUCCCGUCCCCUGUGUCAAGUGCCCCUCCUCCCCCACCACAGCGAAAUGCCUCCUACCUCAAAACUCAGGUCCUCUCCCCAGACUCGCUGUUCACGGCCAAGUUUGUUGCAUACAAUGAGGAGGAGGAGGACUGCAGCCUAGAAGGUCAGGAUAAGUAUGCUAGCACAAGAAAGUCUCAGGGGGACCUUCUUUCUGCCAACCUUAAGCCACAGCAGCCCCCCUACCAGCCACGUCCAGCCUCCGAUGGCAUCUUUCUCUCCAACUCAUUCCAGCUACCCACUACCAAAGCCAACAGUAUGGCUCACAAAAUGGGCCACCCCCCACCCCCUCCCAAAAAACCAAACUUCUACCAUCCCGGCCACUAUAAAGGACCACACUUGUAUUCCGGGUCUGCUGGGACAGUUACUGGCACUCACGAUGCUGCUCGAGAUCUGAGAGAGAAGCGUGCUAGAAGCCAAGAUGCAGAUUUGCCUGGAAGUUCUGGAGCCCCUGAAAACCUGACAUUCAAAGAGCGCCAGCGCCUUUUUUCACAAGGUCAAGAUGUAUCUGAUAAAGUGAAAGCUUCUCGUAAAUUAACAGAACUGGAAAAUGAACUAAACACAAAGUGAGGAUAAUCCACGGCCACUGUGUCUGCCCAGGUUCCCUCAGCAUGGGUGUGCAGGUGUAAGCCUGAAGAGGAGAGGGGUGGUUGCAUUUCUAAGUGAUUUCUAAUUCCUGUUUCUAAAAUUGUUGCCAUUUAGAGAUGUUGUGGUUCCAAGAAUUUUUGUUUUACUUUACCAAGAAACUGGCAUUUGUACAAUAUGAAUGCCAUCUGAUUGCUAAGUGACCUGACUCAUUUGACAUAUCAUUUGUUUAAUUUCUUUUUCGAUUCUUAGGCACAGAGGGGCAGAGUAGAGAACAGUAGAGGUAAUAGAGUGCUUCCUCUCCCAUGUUUUCUCCUGUAAUUCUUAUAAGGACUGCAGAUUAAGUAGUUCUAUUUCUGUUCUUUCUCAAAAGCUUCACUUCGACUAUCAGACAGAGUAGUUGAACCACCCAGACCACCAUGCUCGCUUGUAGCACAGCCUUGUUUGCAGGACAGAGAGCAUGGGAGGCUGCUCCUGCGUCACUGAGGGUUCCCACCCCAGGGUGCUGGCCGUGGUGUACACAGCCCAUCUCUCUCCUGACCAUGAGCUUCCUGAUCAGUUCUCAAUGUGUGAUUACAUUAAAUAUGUGAUUUUCUAAAUUCUCAAAGAAGAAAAUCUAGAGGAUUUAAUAUUAGGGGAUUUUAUUUUUUAUAUGUGAUGAGUUAUUGUUAGACUAACAGAUCAUUGGUGAAAUUGAAGAUGAAAGAUGAAGUCAUGCUAGAAAAUGUACUAAUAUUUCAGAUACUUCAAGGAAUCUAUGAGAUCUGUUUAGCUGAACAGUGUUCAUGUGACCAGCAUCAAAAUAUCAGUGGAGAAUGAGAAAUUCAUAGGUGACACUCGAGCACUACUGUCAGUCAGAAAUUUUAAAUUUACAAAAGCAAUUUGCAUCGAUGUUCUGUCAGGAAAGAAAUUCAAUUAUUAUGCCAUCUGUAAUUUAAAUAGUUCAAGAAUAACUCAUGACAGUGUAAGCUAUUUUUUUUACAAUAUAUUAGAGUUAUUUAAUUUUAAUUUGUGAAUUAUGAGUUACCCCUGUCAUGUCUGUGGGUAAGUGGCAGAUGUUGGGGAGAUGAACCUCAGUUUGCUUAUAUUGUGUGAUGUUAAAAUGGUAUAUUACUUUGUGAUUUCAAGCACAUCUUCUGUUGGACCAAGCCUUGAUGGGGUCCAGAUGAUAUUUCUGUACCUAUUUUUCUCUUACAAGUAUGUAUGUCAGGAAAAUAUGCACACUUUCAAAUGAAGAAUACAGGCAUUUGCUGGCCUAGAAACCACUUUUAAUAUGAGUUGUAUGAUAAAUCAUUGAAAGUGCAAGUGUAAAUAUUUUUUAUAUCUGUCACAAUUCUUAUUUGAAAGUGUGCUUUUACUGUUUCCUCUGUAAGAGUCCAGUGGUCCUGAGAGUUGAUGAAGGAUAUGCACGCUUGCUGCAGGAAAAAGCAAGCUCCUCCUGGUUUCUCAAGAGCAUUGGUGGCCUUAGGGUGGCAAGUUCAUGCUUUCCCUAGAGAAGAGGACACAGGUGAUCAUUGUGUUCAUAGUGAGAAAGGCAGACACACAGGUACAUGCAGAUUCCUGUGUGAUUAUAAAAGCCAUGAGGAAGUGGAUUUGGCCAUCCCUGGAUAGUGAAGUCAAAUGUGAAUAUGUGUAAAACUGCUUUUCAUAAUGUGCAUUAAUUACUAUGGGAAAAACUUCCAAACUGCUGUAGUUUUCCAUUUCUACUGUAUUUCGGUUGCAACUUAUUUUUAAUAAACUUUGUAUGUAUUUAAGUGUA